AAAUAGAGCCAAGCGAAAUUGCCUGCCACACUGUCGCAUGACACAGCAAUCACCGCAGAGGCAGCGUGGUCACGUGCCUUGCAACAAAUGCACGCGAGUCCCCAAACCCAACCACCAGCGUGCAAACACACCCCAGAAACAAGCACAUGCCCGGGGUCCAAGCGCAUCCACAUGGUAAACAUGAGCUUUCUGUGGCUUGCACCGUCUCACCGGCAAUGCGCCGCCGGUGCAUGCAUCUCUAUGCGGCCACCUGUUGAUCUCGGGCAAAUCACACAGCGCUCCACGUGCCGCGGGCUUGCAUGCAGAACUGCCCAGAUCGGGCCGCAGCGCCUGCAUGCGCAGCAGCUCUGUUUAGCACUAGUCACGUGGUAUUGUCUGAUUUUGCAACUUACUUGAAAUAUAUUCGGGCCGGUGGCGGAACUCUCGUCCACCACUUCCACAACACAAACGAAAAUGCCCAUUCCAGCACCACACGGAGGAAUCUUGCAAGACCUUGUCAUCAGAGAUGCAGGCAUCAAACAGGAUUUGUUGAGCGAAAUCGCCGGCAACGGCUUGACCGUGGCCAAAUUUACCGAGAGACAGCUCUGUGAUUUGGAGUUGAUCUUGAACGGUGGGUUUUCGCCAUUGACCGGAUUUUUGAAUGAGGAAGACUACAACUCGGUCGUAGAAGACAUGAGGUUGACCUCUGUCAAGGACCAGCAGUCCGGCAAAGGCUUGUUGUGGUCCAUGCCAAUCACUUUCGACGUGUCUUCUGAAUUUGCCCAGUCGGUCGCCGUUGGCGAGAGAAUCGUGUUGCAGGACUUGAGAGACGAAAAGCCAUUGGCCGUGUUGACUGUGCAGUCCGUGUACAAACCCAACAAGGCCAACGAGGCUAAGAAGGUGUUCCGUGGUGACCCCGAGCACCCUGCCGUCAAGUACUUGAAUGAGACUGCGGGCGAGUACUACAUUGGUGGUCUGAUCCAAGGUUUGGACUACCCAACGCACUACGACUACGUGCCGCUCAGAAAAACGCCCACUGAGUUGAGAAAGGAGUUCCAGAACUUGGGCUGGGACGCGCAGAAAAUCGUGGCGUUCCAGACCAGAAACCCCAUGCACAGGGCCCACAGGGAGUUGACCGUCCGGGCCGCCAGGGACCUUGGCGAAGACGGCCAUAUCCUCGUGCACCCCGUGGUUGGUUUGACCAAGCCGGGCGACAUCGACCACCACACCAGAGUCAAGGUGUACCAGCAGAUCUUGAAGAAGUACCCUGAAGGUUUGGCCACCAUCUCGUUGUUGCCAUUGGCCAUGAGAAUGGGCGGAGACCGCGAGGCCUUGUGGCACGCGUUGAUCCGCAUGAACUACGGUGUCGACCACUUCAUUGUGGGUAGAGACCACGCCGGGCCAGGCAAAAACUCGGCCGGCGUCGACUUCUACGGGCCUUACGACGCACAAGAGUUGUUGGCACUGGUGGAGGCCGAGUUGUCUCCCAAAAUGAAGAUCGUGCCCUUUAGAAUGGUCACGUACUUGCCGGACGAGGACAGAUACGCGCCUAUCGACACCAUCGACUUGAGCACGGUCAAGACCGCCAACAUCUCGGGCACCGAGUUGAGACAGCGCUUGAGAAACGGUACCGAAAUCCCUGAGUGGUUCUCGUACCCCGAGGUGGUGCAGAUCUUGAGAGAGUCGUACCCUCCUCGCUCGUCGCAGGGCUUUGCUGUGGUGAUUGACUCUACUGGCUACAGCGACUACAGCGAGCACUUUGCGUUUGCCUUGCAAUCCGUGUUGAACCAGUUUGCCGGCGGCCGACGCGUGACGAAGUUGGACGACUACGACAACACCUUUAUUGUCAAUGAGUUGGUGCAGGCCGGGUCCGGUGUCAUCUUGACCAAGAAGUCUGACAUUGCGUCUGUUGUCAAGGUUGUGGGCAAGGACAACGUUUUGGUCGUUCUGCCCGAGGGUGAGGGCGAGCCAUACCAGUUCAAGUUGCAGGGCGACAACGUGGCUGCCUUGUUGGAGGAGAUUGUGGGCUACUUGAAGGAGCAAGGUUUCUAUGCUUAGGACGA